AUGCAUAUUGAGAAUAAUGUUUGCGAUAGUAUCAUUGGUACAUUGCUGGAGAUCCCUGGAAAAAAUAAAGAUGAGAUUGCUGCUCGGUUAGAUUUAUUGAACAUGGGGGUCAAAACUGAUUUGCAACCCGAGUAUGGACAAAGACGUACUCGCUUGCCUCCAGGGCCUUGGAAUUUGUCAAGAGCAGAGAAGAAAGCGGUUUGCAAUUCUUUCUAUGGUAUGAAGGUCCCUGAAGAUUCAAGACUUCUUGGACUUAAAUCUCAUGAUUGUCAUACCUUGAUGCAACAAUUGCUCCCUAUGGCAAUUCGUUCUGUUUUGGAGAAGCCUGCAAGGUAUAUGAAAGUGCUAAAAGGGUAUGUUCAGAACCGUACUCAUCUGGAAGGUUGCAUUGCUGAGCAGUGCCUUCAAGCUAGAAGAUGGGAGUUUCGAAGCCAUUAUCAGGUUGCACAGUAA